UUUAUUUGUUGCAUCUGAGAGCGAUAUGUUGGAGGAUCGCUCCUUUCUAGCGUCCAGGGUGUUCUCAAGCUCUUGCCAGCACCAAACUCAGUUGGCUUGCUUUAACUUAACGUGUCGACUCGAGGUUGGAAUGGGAAAUGGCAAACGCCCCCCAUCAGAUCAUGAUGCCCAUUCACUUCUUCCAUCCUCCACUUCUUCUCAUAGAAACGUCAGGCCUCGAUCUUCCUCGGAUCAUUCAAAUCACGACUCCCAUUCCGGCAACACUUCUGAUUCCGCCACUCUCUUCUCUUCCAUUGAUCGGGACAACUCUAUUAACUGCUUAAUUCGCUGCUCUCGCUCUGAUUAUGGUUCUAUUGCGUCCUUGAGUCGAAGUUUCCGUUCCUUAAUUCGUAGUGGGGAGCUCUACAAGCUGAGGCGUAUCAACCAUGUGAUUGAACACUGGGUUUACUUCUCUUGCCAUCUUCUCGAGUGGAAGGCUUUUGAUCCAAUUCAGCGUAGAUGGAUGCAUUUACCCAGGAUGGAUUCUAAUGAAUGUUUCAUGUGCUCUGAUAAGGAAUCCUUAGGAGUGGGGACUGAUCUUCUUGUUUUUGGUAAGGAUUUAAAUUCCCAUGUCACUUAUAGAUAUAGUAUAUUGACAAAUUCGUGGUGUCCUGGAGUGAGUAUGAAUGAUCCCAGAUGCUUGUUUGGGUCUGCUAGUCUAGGGGAGAUAGCGAUUUUAGCUGGUGGGUGUGAUUCCAAAGGCAACAUCCUUAACACCGCGGAGCUCUACAAUUCCGAGACUGAAACAUGGGUGACCCUUCCCAAUAUGACCAAACCAAGGAAGCUGUGUUCUGGGGUGUUCAUGGACGAUAAAUUCUAUGUGAUUGGGGGAGUUGGAGGAAGUGAGGGGAAGGUUCUUACAUGCGGGGAAGAGUACGAUUUAGAAAGUGGGAAGUGGACUGAAAUUCCCAACAUGUCACCUGGGCGUAGUGCUGCAGUUAGGGAUAGUGAAAGUGCGGCAGCUGAAGCGCCCCCUCUACUUGCGGUGGUGAACAACGAGCUGUAUGCUGCAGACCACACUGACAUGGAGGUGAGGAAAUACGACAAGGAGAAGAGAGUAUGGUCUACAGUAGGGAGGUUGCCUGAACGAGCAGUUUCAACAAAUGGUUGGGGGCUUGCGUUUAGAGCCUGUGGAGAUAGGCUAAUAGUGAUUGGUGGACCAAGGGCGAUUGGGGAAGGGUAUAUAGAGCUGAAUUCAUGGGUUCCAAGUGAAGGCCCUCCAAGGUGGGAUUUGCUUGCAAGGAAGCGAUCUGCUAAUUUUGUGUAUAACUGCGCUGUGAUGGGAUGCUGAAACUAAGAAACCUGUUGUUAUGCUUAUGCUCUGCUGCAUUGGUGGUGUUGUUGGCUUGAAUUCAGUUCCAGAUGGGUCUGUUUUGUUUGUUGUUCUACACAUGAUUCUGGGUCAUCAGUUAUUUCCCAUACUCUCUUCACAUAUUUUGAAGCAUUGCGCAGGGAGGCGUGGGGAGGAAUUGAUUUUACUUCAGAUUUUAUAGAAAAUGUUCCAUGGAAGGAGAUCUUAAAAGAAGAAGAAGAAGAAGAAGAAGAAGAAGAAGAAGAAGAAAAAAAAGAAUAUAUAUAUAGCAUUUAUUCUCUCUGGAGACUCAAUUUUCAUUGAAAUGCCAUCCCCCCCCUCACCCUCACCCCAAUAAUUUGGGUUCAGAUAUUUGAAAGAUUAAUAAUUUGAGUAGAAGAACAGAGAGACAUUGGUAGCUGACUCAGUCGUGUUUUGUGAACAUUAGCAUUCAAGAACUGAAAUAAGUUAUAAUGGAAAAUGAUGGGUAAACAUAUAAUUCUC